AUGUUCGAAUGGUUUCCCAGCCAAAAUACCACGCCAGAACACGUCAAAAUGUGGCCUGCAAUGUCCCUUCUUUUCUUUGGGGUCCCCCUACUGGCACAGGCCUUUUUGUCGGAUCUCCCUCCCGCCUUCAAAGAUACGCCCGCAAUAUGGGCAUAUGUCUCCUACGGCACCCCCUCUAUAGCCGCUCUUACUGGUUCGUUCAACCGUUCUGCUAUGGAUGCGCCUCAUGAGAGCAAAGCUAGCGACCCGCUCCUCGUAAACGCUAAUAACUUUCUCAACACCUCAAACUUCGUUGCGUAUGACGAAAGAUUCUUCAGUAUCUUCGGACCAAAGGCAACAGUAAAGCAUGUGCAGCAGCUAGCACUACAAGUACACGAAGCGCCGUGUUACAAUAAGGAUACAAAAGAACUUUACUUCGUGGAAUGGGGUCCUCCCGGGGGCGAUAGCGGCACUCACAACUGGCAAUAUCUACUAGAUACAACAAGCAACACUCUCAAAAGAAUCACGACAAACCCGCCAACAGUUAACGCUCACGGUUGUGUUUAUUAUCGCGGUGCCUACCACGUCGUAACUGAUGGAACACAUGAUGAAACAGGCGCUCUUGUCCGGGUUGACCCGAAGAGUUUUGAAAAGACUGUUAUUCUGAAUAACUACUACCAACAGCCGUUCAUGGGACUCAACGAUAUUGAAAUUGACUCGGAAGGGAACUUUUGGAUCACGGACUCAAAGUCCGGUUGGGGUCGAGAUUUAGUCCCCUUCAACCCACCAACCAAUCCUACAGUCUACAUGGUCAACGGUACAACAUUGACCCCAAAGGUUGUUCACGUCACCACUGGCAAUGCGAAUGGCGUGGCCGUCUCACCACUUGAGAAAGGUCGGCACACGCUGUACUUACCCGACACAGGUGUCUCCGAAUCCAAGCCCAUCUCUCGGAAAAACCCUUAUGGCAACCGAGCGCUGUUCGCAUAUGAUGUAGCGAUAGGUGGAGUUCUUACGAAUUCACGCUUUUUGAACAACCCAAUCUCUUACUUUUAUGAUGGUAUUCGGGUUUCGAGAAAUGGUUGGAUUUUCGUUGGUGCUGGCGACGGGGUGGAUGUCAUCGAUCCAGUCUCUGGCCUGACUCUUGGCACUGUCCGAGUUGGCGGCGGUGAGAAUCUCGCUGUCAACUUGGCUUUCGGAGAGCACGAGAUGUGGAUUGUGGGAAAGGGCGGUGUUUGGCAUGUCAAUAAUGUUGCAGAACGAUUGGAUAGAGACUGGUAG